AUGGGUGAUGGCAUUUGUCUAAGAUCCUCAGGAGGCGAGCUUGGGCCUGAUGGUUUUUUUGACAUUGUCUCAACACUCAAAGCCUUCCCAGAGGCAUUCCAGCGAGAGCUAGAGAAUGAGAAAAUACGUCGAGAGCGAGGGAAACCAAGAAUUGGAGAAGGAAGUGAGGUUGCGUGA